CUCUGGUCUUUGUUUCGUUUUUCAGAAUCUGAGUUUGCUGUCCCUGUCCGAGUGUGCUUGGUUCCACUUCCACCUUGAAUAGAUCAGUCUUGAUUGUAGCUUCUGCUUCGUUUAUUCGUUAGGUAUUGUAAACAGCGUUUGAUUCCGGAAAAAAUCUGUCGACUUUCAAGGGUAACGUUGAUGUUCUAAAGCAAGUUCGAGAAGGGGAUCACGAAAUACAUUUUACAAUCCCUUAAAUCUCAAAUCAUGGAGUCCACAGAAGAACAAUCUAUCAUCGCAGGUUUGCCUGAUGACUUAUCUUUAAGAUGCAUCGCGAAGCUUUCUCACGGCUAUCACGGAGCCCUCGAGUGUGUCUCCCGAGGGUGGAGAGACUUACUUCGCAGUCCCGAUUACUCCCGCUACAAAGCCAAAAACGGAUGGUCAGGGACCUGGCUGUUUGUUCUAACAGAACGCUCUAACAACCAAUGGGUCGCUUACGACCCCGAAGCUAACCGUUGGCAUCCGUUGCCUAGAGCUAGAGCCUUUCAAGAUGGCUGGCAUCACUCUGGUUUCGCUUGUGUUUGCGUUUCGAGUUGUUUUCUUGUGAUUGGUGGUUGCUAUGCGCCUUCUGUGUCGUCGUUUCCACAUCAGAAGCCUGUGGUUACUAGAGAUGUCAUGCGGUUUGACCCGUUUAAGAAAGAGUGGAGAUUGGUUGCUGGUAUGCUAACGCCACGGACUCACUUCGCUUGUACUGCUGUCUCUGGCAAGGUUUAUGUCGCUGGAGGUCGUAAUCUAACUCAAUCUGGAGGGAUUACAUCUGCUGAGGUUUAUGAUCCUGUGGCUGAUAGGUGGCAGGAGUUACCAGCAAUGACUAGACCACAGAUGGACUGCUCUGGAUUAUCAUACAGAGGGUCCUUUCAUGUUCUGAGUGAUCAGGUGGGAUUUGCAGAGCAAAAUUCAUCUGAAGUCUUUAAUCCAUCAGAGAUGAGCUGGUCCACUUUGGAGGAUAUCUGGCCUUUCUCUAGAGCCAUGCAGUUUGCUGUUCAGGUGAUGAAAAACGAUCGACUGUACACGAUUGUAGAUUGGGGAGAAAGCUUGAUCAAAACUAGGGAUACAGAUGAAGGAGAAUGGUAUAACGUUGGCUCGGUGCCUUCUGUUGUUCUUCCUGACCAUCCGAGAGAGUUAGAGGCCUUUGGAUACGGGUUUGCAGCUCUGAGAGAUGAGCUCUAUGUUAUAGGAGGUAAGGUACUUAAAUGGGAAGAAUCAGGGGUUGGGAGAUUUGACAUUGUGAGAUUGCCCGUUGUGAGGGUGUGUAAUCCUUUAGAUAGACCUCUGAAUUGGAGAGAGACCAAACCGAUGUGUUUUCCAGCCGGUGGGUCCAUUACUGGUUGUGUAUCCUUGGAAGAACAUUCUCCUCCCUAACCAAGCUGGCUUAUAACAUGGAAUGUCUGAGUAUGAUCCUCCGUGAACCCAGACUUUGGUCCCGUUGAUUGUCAAAGUUGAAGCUUCUGGCGUAAUACUCAGCGCAGGGGCACUUAGAGCAACUGCUAACUGUGUGCUUGGCAACAGUUGUUUAUAAGGGCUGCAUGAGAUUUCAACAUAUACUGCAUUUAUGUUCUGGCCUUCCGGGUAAAUGGCUUCUACAGUUUUAUGUGAAGUGAGUUUAGUAUGUCAUGCUAUGAGAUGCUGCCAGAGGAUGGUCAGGCCAUUAGUGCGUUACAGUUUUGGAAUUGAACUUGGACUUGUAAAUAAGAGUUCAUUUAAAUACAUUGAGCGUUAGCAAGCAAUAUUUUGUUAUGUUUCUUUUUCUCUUACACAGAGGUGUGUCAUGUGUAUAGACCAAACACGUGAAAGAUAUAAGUCAAGACUUAUACAAAGGUUUUCUUCGCUUA